UUAGCUUCAAGUCACAACUGAAGACACACAUGAGAACUCAUACAGGAGAAAAACCUUUCAGCUGUUCAGUCUGUAAUAAAUCAUUUACAGAGGGUGGAAGUUUACAGAAACACUUGAAAAUUCACACAGGAGAAAAACCAUUUAGCUGCUCUGAAUGUGGGAAAAGAUUUGGCAUCAAGGGAAGUCUGAUUAGACACAGGAGGCUUCAUACAGGAGAGAAACCUUUUAGCUGCUCUGAAUGUGACAAAAGCUAUGGCCGUAAGACAGAACUAAAGGAACACAUGAUAACUCACACAGGAGAGAAACCAUUCAGCUGCUCUGAGUGUGGGAAGAGAUUCGGCCGAAAGAGACGUCUGAAGACUCAUAUGACAACACAUACAGGAGAGAAACCUUUCAGCUGCUCUGUCUGUAAGAAAUCAUUUACAGAAGGUGGAAGUUUACAGAAACAUAUGAAAAUUCAUACAGGAGAGAAACCUUUCAGCUGCUCUGAAUGUGGGAAACGAUUCGGUACCAAGGGAAGUUUUAAGAGACACAUGGGAACUCAUACAGGAGAAAAACCUUUCAGCUGCAUUGUGUGUAAGACAUCUUUUACAAGUAGUGAAAGUUUACAGUCACACAUGAAAAUUCACACAGGAGACAAUCCAUUUAGCUGCUCUGAGUGUGGGAAAAGAUUUGGCACAAAGACACGCCUGAAGACACAUAUGAGAACUCACACAGGAGAGAAACCUUUCUGUUGCUCACUUUGUAAAAAAUGUUUCUCACAGAGCGGAACGCUACAGUCACACAUGAAAAUUCACACAGGAGAGAAACCAUUCAGUUGCUCUGAGUGUGGGAAAAGUUUUGGCAUGAAAGGAAGUCUGAAGAGACAUAUGACAACUCAUGUUGGAGAAAAACCGUUUAGCUGCUCAGUGUGUAAAAAAUCUUAUACAGAGAGGGGAAAUUUACAAAAACACAUGAUAAGUCACACAGGAGAGAAACCAUUUAGCUGCACUGACUGUGGGAAAAGGUUUGGCAUAAAGGGAAAUCUCAUUAGACACAUCAAGUUUCACACAGGAGAGAAAUCAUUUUGCUGCUCUGAUUGUGACAAAAGAUUUUGCCGCAAGACACAUCUUAAGAUACAUAUGAGAAUUCACACAGGAGAGAAACCAUUUAGCUGCUCUGAGUGUGGUAACAGAUUUCGUACUAAGGCAGCUCUGAACAGACACAUGAAAACUCAUACAGGAGAGAAGCCAUUUAGCUGUUUAGAUUGUAAGAAUUGUUUUACACAUAGCAAAAGUUUAAAGACACACAUGAGGAUUCACACAGGGGAGAAACUCUGCAGCGGCAGUCUUCGUGACCAAAGAUCCAAUUGGCUUUAUCAGCUCAAGAACCAUCAAUAUUUGAGUUGCCAGUCCUCACAGCUUCAUCAAACUCAAACUGAGGUGAUCAGAAAGACAGAGCCUUCAGUCAGCAGCUCAACUGAACAGAUGGAAGCUAAUGGAGAGGACUGUGGAGGACCAGAACCAGACAGGAACCCACAUCCAGAUACACAUUUACAACCAGAGACUGAGGACAAGACUGGAGACUCUUCUGAACCGGAGACUGAGGAGAGUAAGUUUUGGAAAGAGACCAGGCAGCAUCAGUCAGGGUUCACUUAUGGGAGAAAUAAACGAGACUCUGUAAAUGAUGGAUAUAACACUGGUUGCUCCAAUAACAUCGCUGCACCAGAACCCACUGUGGUUGACAUUUAUUUUUGCACACAGCCUCGGUCAGGUCUAAACCAUCUGAAAACUGAGCAAGUCUCUGAUAGUGAAACAGGAAGUAACAACAAAGAGAGGAAACCAUUCAGCUGCUCCGAGGGUCAUAAAAAAUCUGAAGACAUCCACAGUCUGCCAACACACAAUAAAUCUCACACAGGUGAGAAACAAUGUAGUUGCUCUGUUUGUGGCAGAGCUUUUGCCAAGCGUGAAAGCUUAUGUUCUCACAUGAUAAGUCACACAGGAGAGAAAACUUUCAGCUGUUCAGUGUGUAACGCAGGUUUCAGCGACAGUGAGACUUUAGUUCAACACAUGAGGAUCCACACGAGACAAACACAGUUUAGGUGUUCAAUUUGUAGCAGAGAAUUUGCAUGGAGAAGAUAUCUGACAAAACACAUGGAGGUCCACAAAAUCUACAGCUGCAGAGUUUGUGACAAAAAAUUCACUUGGUGUUAUCAGCUGAAAGACCAUCAGUGUGUUGGCCAUCAGUCCUCACAGCUUCAUAAGACUCAAACUGAGGACACCAGAGAGGCAGAGCCUCCAGCCAGCAGCUCAACUCAACAGAUUGAAGCUGAUGGAGAGGACUGUGGAGGACCAGAACCAGACAGGGACUCACAUCCAGAUACACAUUUACAACCAGACACUGAUGAUAGCGUUGACAGUGAUUUUUGGAAGGAGACGAGAGAACGUCCAUCUGAUUCUAAAUAUUUGAAAAAUGAUGAAGUCUCUGUCAGUGAUGACAGAUGUAAAAAGGACAUGAAACCAUUCAGCUGCUCUGAGUGUGGGAAACGAUUUGGCACCAAUAAGGAAGUCAAGCUUCACAAGAGAACUCAUACAGGAGAAAAGCCGUUAAGUUGCUCAGUUUGUCAGAAAUGUUUUACUCAGAAUGGAACUUUACAGAGACACAUGAUGAUCCACACAGGAGAGAAAACAUUUAGUUGCUCAAUGUGCGGUAUGAGUUUCCUUCGCAAAGAAGGUUUAGUUCGUCACAUGAGAAUCCACACAGGAGAGAAAAGAGAACAGAGAGGCAGUGCCUCCAGUCAGAAGCUCAACUCAACAGAUUAAAUCUAAAGCUGAUGGAGAGGACUGAUGAGGACCAGAACCAGUCAGGAACUCACAUCCAGAUCAGAGUCUUUUCUGAACUUAAAGAUGUGUGAGCUCCUCACCAUAUUUCUUAGGCUGAGCUCAGACAUCUUACAGCAGAAAGUCAUUUUAGCAUUUUGUACCAACAGUCUCAUUGUUUCGGUCACUACCCAAAGCUCAUAACUGUAGAGAUGAAAUAUCCUGAUGUCCCUGAACUGGCCCCCCUGCACACACUGUG